AUGUAUAAAAAUUCCAAGAAUGGUGACUACUGUAGAGUAUGCAAAAAUGGAUUAGAGUUGACCAAAAAGGUUUCUUUGAAUUCACCAGAAUCUAUUCCAAUAUUUCUUCGCAAAAUUUGUGAACAUAAGAAGCUGGCUGGAACAUCAAGAUGUGACUUGAAGUAUUAUGGUUCCAUACAGGGGGAACAGAGUUCCUUUGUGACCCACUUGAUAAACGUACUGACUUUGAUGGAACCAAAGGGUCUGGAUGGGGAAUAUUUUUGCCAUUACAUUCUUCAAGGUUUGUGCGAUUUACCCACAACACCGUCUUACGAUCUAUCGACAUGGUGGCCACCAAAACCAGAUUCUGCUAGGAUCCCACCAAGAUCUGGUAAAACAUUUGGAGUCGUCCAUCUAUCGGAUAUUCAUUUGUCUACUGAUUAUACUGUUGGAUCAGAAGGCAAUUGUAUAGGUAUAAUGUGCUGCACUCCCAGUUCCAUAAGAGAUCCAAUACAGCAACCUUUUCCAGCGCCUAAAAUGGGAUACUAUAACUGUGAUGCCCCACCAGCUCUUGUUGACGGUUCUCUAGCAGGCCUUUCUAAUCUGUACAGAGAAGGAAACCUAGACUAUGAUUUUGCAAUCUUCACUGGUGAUAUGGUUGACCACAACCCAGCAUGGAUCAGUUAUGAACAGAGCCUUUUAGAAGAAGAAAAAGUUAUGAACUAUUUAAAGAAAUACCUGAACAACACACCUGUCUAUGCAGUGCUAGGAAAUCAUGAUAGUUAUCCCUUUAGUCAGGUAGCGCAAACCUCAUCGGGCUUUGCCGAUUUAUUCAGUUUCAACACUGAUCUUAUGGCAAAGCUUUGGGAAGAUAACGAAUGGCUCAACCCUGCCACGGCCAAACAGGCGAGAGUACAUUAUGGAGCUUACUCGACCUUAACCAGACAGAACUUGAGAAUUAUAUCUCUCAACUCAAAUUUCUGGUAUCGAUGGAACUUUUAUAAUUACUGGAACAUUGAGAAUCCUGACACCUCAGGUACUCUACGAUUCCUUGUUGAAGAGCUUAUCAGAGCAGAGAACAAGGGAGAAAGAGUUUGGGUGAUAGCUCAUGUUCCUCCUGGUGGUCUUUCUGAUGAAGCCAUGCCAAUUGCAUCACAAUCACUCUACCAAAUUUUCCAUAGAUUUUCUCCCGAGACCAUUGCUGGUCUCUUUUUUGGACACACGCAUCAAGAUGAGUUCACAGUUUUAUAUAAACACAAUGCGACAGCAAAGGCAAUUGAAGAUGCCAUCAAUGUAGCAUGGAUUGGGCCAUCAGUUACUCCACUUUCACGAUACAACCCUGGCUUCAGAUUCUAUAAAGUAGACUCUGGGUCGUUUGACAUAAUGGAAGCAUAUACAUUCAAUGCUCCACUGAAUGAUACAUUUGCAGAUGAUAGGGAGUUGGAAUGGAAAUAUGAGUAUUCAGCUAGAGAAGAGUACGAUGCAUACCAGGCAUGGCCAAAAUCAGAACCACUCAAUGCUUCAUUUUGGCAUAGAGUAGCAGAAGGAAUUAAAAAUGAUCCGUUAAUGUCACAAAAGUACUCGGAUAACGCAUAUCGUCGGUCUCCGUACGCACCCGACUGUACACGGUCGCAUUGCCGUUUUGAUAACUACUGCUAUACAACAAGUAUGUCAACUCAACAGGCAUUACAAUGUAGACUUGACUAUGGGGUUCAUUUGCGUAAAUUGCUAACAGGAGGACCAACAUAUCCUAUGCCACGACCAAUCCGAGAUAUCGUCGAGAGGUCUUAG